GCAUAUCCACGUCAAGUUGACUGUAUAUGCGCCGCGGAAAAAACACCAAACCCCUCUCCUAUCCUUCUCCGGGUCAGGUCAAAAAGGGGCCACCAACAGAUAAAUAGGAGAAACGCCAAUGGAAUGAAAAAAGGCUUCCUCAAAACCACUCCACAGACAUGCAUAUAUUCAUCCAUUCAUUCAUAAAGUAGAAUUCUGGAAUUUUCAUCUCCAUGACGAAGAUUCACUUUACGUAAACUGCACCGUUACCGGUACCUCCCAUUGUUAAGUUUUAAAGUGAGAGGUGAAAUGGCGAUAAAGGAUAACGAGAGUUGUGGCAGUAGAGUGGUCGAUUCGGCGACUACCACUGGUCGGUUUCUGUUGAAAAAAUUGGAGGUUUACAAUGAGGUUCUUCGGAGGCUUAAAGAAGAAUCUAACAAUCACGAGGCUUUACAACCUGACUUUGACAAUGAACUUUGGGCUCAUUUCAAUCGCCUUCCUACUCGGUACGCAUUAGAUGUGAAUGUUGAAAGGGCAGAAGAUGUACUCACACACAAGCGAUUACUACAUCUAGCACAUGAUCCAGCUAAUAGACCUGCCUUUGAAGUCCGGUUGGUGCAGGUUGCUCCCAGUCCUGAUGAAAACUCAAUAGAUUCUGUUUAUUCGAGCUCGGCAAAGAAGGAAGUUAGCAGAAGUGUCCAUCCUCCACCUGCAUUUGGUUCUUCUCCUAAUCUCGAAGCCCUUGCGUGUGAGAUUAUCAAAUCUGAAGUUCAAGAUGAGGAUGCCGCUCCUCCUUGUGCAAAUAUAUUACGGCCCAUGCAUGAAAUAACAUUCUCAACGGAUGACAAACCGAAGCUUCUUAGCCAGUUAACUUCAUUACUAUCUGAGCUUGGGCUGAACAUCCAGGAAGCACAUGCCUUUUCCACUGUGGAUGGCUAUUCUCUAGAUGUCUUUGUUGUUGAUGGUUGGCCCUAUGAGGAAGUUGUGCAACUUCGAGCUGCAUUGGAGAGGGAGAUCUUGAGAAAUGAGAAAUCAUGGCCAAGCCCAUCACAAUCACUAAUAAAGCAAGAUCAAGACUUGAUCAAAUGUGAAUUUGACCAUUUGACAAUACCUUUUGAUGGCAUUGAUGUCUGGGAAAUUGAUCAUCAGCUUCUAAAAUUUGAAUACAAGAUUGCAUCUGGUUCAUAUGGUGACUUAUACAAAGGCACAUACUGCAGUCAAGAAGUAGCUAUCAAAAUCCUAAAAUCUGAGCGCUUGAACACAGAAUUGCAGACGGAGUUCGCCCAAGAAGUGUAUAUCAUGAGAAAAGUUCGUCACAAGAACGUUGUGCAAUUCAUAGGAGCUUGUACUAGGCCUCCCAACUUGUGUAUAGUUACAGAGUACAUGUCUGGGGGAAGCGUAUAUGACUAUUUACACAAACAAAGGGGCAGUUUCAAACUACCUACUCUACUUAAAGUAGCGAUUGAUGUAUCCAAAGGAAUGAACUACCUGCAUCAAAAUAAUAUUAUACAUAGGGACUUGAAGGCUGCCAAUCUACUGAUGGAUGAAAAUGAAGUCAUUAAAGUGGCUGAUUUUGGAGUUGCCAGGGUAAAGGCACAAACCGGUGUCAUGACAGCAGAGACCGGGACUUAUAGAUGGAUGGCCCCUGAGGUAAUAGAACACAAGCCCUAUGAUCACAAAGCAGACAUAUUCAGUUUUGGGGUUGUGCUAUGGGAGUUGCUGACAGGAAAGCUUCCAUAUGAGUACUUAACCCCAUUGCAAGCUGCUAUUGGAGUGGUGCAGAAGGGUUUGCGACCAACUAUACCCAAGCACACUCCUCCCAAACUUGCUGAGCUGCUCGAGACAUGCUGGCAGCAAGACCCAACAUCCAGACCUGACUUUUCUGAAAUAGUGGAUAUUUUGCAGCAAAUAGCAAAAGAGGUUGGACAUGAAAAAGCAGAUCGUUGCAAGGAGAAGGCAUCUGGAGGAUUCUUUUCAGCGCUUAGACGUGGACAUCAUUGAGUAGAUGCAACACUCAUACGGAAUAUUGAUAAUAUUUUUAGUUACACCUAAUUACAUGUUUUUAGCCUUAUUUAUUCUUAUUGUACAGAUGUUUUUUUCCCCUGAUCAAUGCCCCAAUAGUCGAAUGAUAUCUUUGUUUUUCAAUUCUUUGAACAAGUUAUUCGGCUGCUUGGAAAAUUUUAGAAGGGCUUUAUUCCUA